UCGUGAAGUAACACGUUAGUUGAAAGUACAUGCACCAAACUCCAAAGAAGUCAGUUCGAUUUGUAGUGGAGCAAAUCACACAGUCUUGUCCUCCCGUGGUUGAAACGGUCUGUAUGGAAAACUUCUUCCUGCAGCAGGAUGGCGGACGGAGAAUCGUAUGAUUUCCUCUUCAAGAUCGUUGUGAUCGGGGACAGUAUGGUGGGGAAAACGUCCUUACUGCAGCGCUUCAAGAAUGGAGCAUUCAAUGAGCACCACAGCUGUACAAUCGGAGUGGAUUUUAUCGUAAAGACGGUGGAGAUGGAAGGCAAAGUGGUCAAGCUGCACAUUUGGGAUACGGCUGGACAGGAACGCUUCAAGUCAGUAUCGCAUAGCUUCUACCACAACGCGCACGCAGCUAUUCUCGUGUAUGACAUUACCAACGAGGGCUCAUUCUUCACUACUGCAAGAUGGCUGGCGGAUGUAAGGCGGUUCUCCUCGCCAAAGACACUGUGCAUGUUGGUGGGCAACAAGCUGGAUGCGGGCAAUCAGAGAAUGGUUUCCAAGGAAACAGCGCUGCAGUUUGCCAAUGACAACAAGGUCACAUCGGUUGUUGAGGCGUCGGCCAAGGACAACUCUGGGGUGGAGAUGAUCUUCCACACGCUGACGAAAGACUUGCUGUCAGUCCACAGCACCGGUCAUAUGAAUGGUAUGAGGGUGGAAGAUCUAGGGCAGUCCGACAGCGAAUGUGAUAGCGGCGGUGAAGAUGUAAUACACUAUCGCAAGCGGCACAUCGUGCCAGUUGUCAUUAACCUCAACGACGAGCCCAAGCAGCGCAACUGCCAAUGCUAGCACUGGCGGAAUUCAAUUUCUUCUCCUUGAUUGGUUGGCCGUCCAAGAGAAUAGACACCCGUAUCAGCAGUGCUCCUAGUUUCCUAUGAUCACCUCGCUGUGUGUCUGCGGGAAGUGUGCGGAAGCAUGAAUUAGUUGCCAUUUUGGUACUCACCAGAAGGUAACCUUCAACAGAAUGUAGUCGUCCAAUGACAACCAUACCCAACGCUAUCCAGCAAGCUGUCCAUUGACUGUCCAUGAGUAGCAGUCUGCUAGAGCCUGGUAACAUCAUCUUCCUGCACGUAGACUACUCAUUGAGAGCCACCUUUCUGUAUGGCACCUCGACAUUGCAGCUGUCUGUGAUAUCUCUCUGGCCCUUAGUAUCUGUUACGAGUUUCAUCGUCUCGCCUGAGCUCCCGCUCACUGCGCCAUGCUGUGUGCCAUACCGCACCUGUGUGGUGGUGGUGAUAGGGAGGUGUGUCGGCCACCCCCAGACUUAUCCUCGCACCUCUGAAGGCCGCACCACCCACUGCCGCCGCAACCGACGACUUAGCCCGUCCUCCAUGUCCGCGUCUUUUCUUGUCAGUGAAAUAGCUUGCCCAGUCGGAACAGACCGAGUACCACACGUGCACACACACGCCACGACACGGCAAAAUGUGACUCCACAUACAACAACUAUAGUGUCUCUUGUGCCCGUGAGCUGAAGGUGCUUUGUCUAUUCUCUAGAACCUCGUGCACUAUUAUAGAGUUGAUGCUCUGUGCAGAUGUAUAUACAUAUACAUAUCCAUAUCCUCAAACUAGUCAAGAUAUACAUAUAAUAUAAUAUAAUUAUAUUAUUAUUUUACCGUUACUACUUUUUGUUUCUCUCCCCCUCCCCCUCUUGACUAGGUAGCUGGAAGCAGCAUAUUUUAUUUUGAUCCUCUUGUAAUUUAUUAUUCUCCUACUUUUUGAUCAUGUUGUUGCUGUUUUUAAACCUAGUUCUUGUAGUUUCUUCGUUGUUUACCGGUGUCUCUUAGCACCGUGGCUCUUGUAAAUUAUUGGAGUGCUCAUGCGUUCAUUGCAGGGUGCAUCUCGCUGCUGUACAUAAUUCUUGUGCCCACCUUGUUUGUUUCUUGACGCUGUAGCCGAGGUUAGCAUUGGAUGCACAAUGACUUGUCGCAUCUGCA